ACACAUGACCUUUUAUGUCAUUAGAUGGAAAUGACAGUCACUGCAUCCCUGGGAUCUACUGAGAUCUGGAAAUACAGCAUCUUUUGUAAGUUUAUCAAACUGAUAGCCUUCAGAGUACUGCAAAUGGAUUUCCCCAAGGAAUAUAUGCCUUGAUCAUCUGAAGAAGAGGUCAUGAAACCAUCACUCUAAUGCUUUUCAUAAGGAAGAAAAUGGGAAGUAACAGCACAAACAAUACGAGGGCAAAGUGCACUGAUUUUCAAAUGCCUUUUCAGUACUCCCUCUAUGCGACCACCUACAUCAUCAUCUUCAUCCCUGGUCUUCUGGCCAACAGUGCAGCCUUGUGGGUUCUCUGUCGCUUCAUCAGCAAGAAAAACAAAGCCAUCAUUUUCAUGAUCAACCUCUCUGUGGCUGACCUUGCCCACGUGCUGUCCUUACCCCUCCGGAUUUACUAUUACAUCAGCCACCACUGGCCUUUCCAGAGGGCCCUGUGCCUGCUGUGCUUCUACUUGAAGUAUCUCAACAUGUAUGCCAGCAUUUGCUUCCUGACAUGCAUCAGCCUUCAGAGGUGCCUCUUUCUCCUCAAGCCAUUCAGAGCCAGGAACUGGAAGCGUAGGUAUGAUGUGGGCAUCAGUGCUGCAAUCUGGGUCAUCGUUGGGACUGCUUGUUUGCCACUCCCCAUUUUGAGAAGCGCUGGGUUAGACAACCACACUGAAUCCUGCUUUGCUGAUUUAGGCCUUUACCAUAUUAGCAUGGCUUCCUCCAUUGGCAUGGUAACUGCUGCUGAACUUGGAGGGUUUGUGUUUCCUGUUGCAAUUAUUACUUACUGCACCUGGAAAACAAGAAAAUCUUUGCAAGAAUCUCAAGUUCCACCUCAGAAUACCAAAGAGAGGAAAAAGGCUUUGAGAAUGGUUCUGAUGUGUGCAGUGGUGUUCGUUGUAUGUUUCACGCCAUACCAUCUCAACUUUCCUUUCUUUAUGAUGGUGAAGCAAGAUAUGUUCUCAAACUGUUCCUUUACAAAGACCACCCUAUGCUUCCACAUCAUUUCCUUGUGUCUCGCAAAUCUGAAUUGUUGUCUUGAUCCAGUUGUAUAUUAUUUUAUGACCUCAGAAUUUCGUGAUCAAUUUUCAGAACACAGUGGCUUGGUUCUUCAGUCAUGUGUGAGAUGUAGGGACAGUGCUUUGGAAAUUCAUCAGAGAAAGGAUGAUCUUCAAACAAUCUCUCUUGAAUGUUUGGAUGAUUCCAAUAUAAUGUAAUCAAAAAAUUAGCAAGAAUAAUCUAUAUGCGUUAUUGGUGUAGUUAUGUCAUUCUUAAGAUUUUUCUUUUAAAAUGAUGAUGCUAGUGUGUGUUAAGAAAAAAAUGACCCAUACUCCACACCAUAAAAAUGAUCCUCUGAAGGAUUUACCCACGCCAAUAUCAUGUCUAAAUGGAAGUGAAUUUUUCUAUGGACUUAAUGAAAAAUAUAUUUCAUACCUAAGGGGAUGAGCAACAGAAUGGAUUCAUCUUUACCCAAGAGAAAUGGUAUGUCAAUUGAAGACUAGGUGACACAAGUGAGUUAUACAAACACUGAAAAAUAUAAUAUAUGUCAGAAUAAUAUGACCCUAAUUAUAUUCAGGAAAUAUAUGCUUGAGCUGAUUCAAUUAGAAAAGCCCAUUUGAGAUUAAUAUAUUGUGGGAAUUCAUAUCUUUAUAACUUGAAAUAUCUGUGAAUCUUUCCUUUUUCCUCUUUGUAGAAACAAACAAUUCAAACGUACCUUAAAUAUCUCCAAAGUACCAUGGAAUUCACCCAUAACACAUAAACCUUAAGUAUAAAAUAAAAUUAUGUUCUAAAAUGCUUUAUGAACUUGAAAUUAGCUUAAAAUAAACCCUCUUUGUUUGGACGCCAGUGAGUGUGUGUGAAGUGGUGCAUGUUUUUAUAUACUGGCACUAAUUCAGAAAAUGUUUUGUUAUAUUU